GGUCCGUGCGAGAGCUCGACAGACCUCAGACCACCACCACGGCUCACUUAAAGAGGCCGCCGCGAGGAGCACUCCUCCCGUGCUCGCGUCCUCGAUAACACAAUGUCCUGGCUUAUACGCAUUCGCCCCGGCGUCCUCGUCGUUUUCGGUUCGUCUGCCAUUGGCGGUGCCGCAUAUCGACACUUCAAGCCCGGUUCCGCCGAAGCGUCGCUAAACCCCCACACCUUCACGCCGUAUACCCUCGUCGACAAGCAAGACGUGUCCGACACGAGCGCGAUAUUCACCCUGCGACACCGCGAUGGCGCACCGGAUCCCGAGAGUGUGAAGGAGGCUUGGAAGCGAAGCGUGUGGAGCGUGCAGGUCAAGCAGCCGCAGCUGCAGAUUGCACGGGCAUAUACACUGCUGCCCCCGAAGACAGAUGGCAUACAGGCUGGCGAGAAGGAAGCGGAGGAUGUGAGGCUCUUGAUCAGAGAAGAAGAGGGCGGCGAGGUGUCGACAUAUCUGCAUCGGCUGGCAGAGAAGUCCACCAUCGAGCUGCGAGGCCCGAACGUGGAAUGCGAACUGCCCCACGACAUUAAAGAGGUCUUGUUCCUGGCUGGCGGAACCGGCAUCGCGCCUGCGAUGCAGGUUGCGCAAGCACUAGGACGGAGAACAGGCAGCAAGAUGCACAUCCUGUGGGCGAACAGACGGAGGGAAGAAUGCAUAGGCGGCGUUAGCGACGAGCACAUACCCGCGAAUCCGAUAAUACACAGUGGAACAAGUUGGUGGAGGAGCUUGAUCGGCCUCGGCCACACGGCAGCGCCACAGGCGGUCGUGGACAAGCACAGCAGCCAGGGCAAGGGCGUCCUAGUGCAGGAACUGGAAGCGCUGAAAGAGUGCAGCCAAGCAGGCACCAGAGGACUCAGCGUGCAAUACUACGUCGACGCGGAGAAGACGUUUAUCAAACCUGGCGAUGUCGCGAAGCGGCUACAUGUCGAAGGGCCAGAGGAGAAGGGGUCGAGGCUGAUUUUGGUCUCGGGACCAGAUGGCUUCAUUGAGCACUGGGCGGGCAAGAAGCUGUGGGUUGGUGGACGAGAAGUCCAGGGCGAAAUUGGCGGUGUGCUGGGGCAGAUGGAUCUGAAGGAUUGGAAUGUCUUCAAGCUGUAAAAAUGCAUUGUACGUAUACCAGGUCGAUACCCGGCUUCUAAUAUCUGCGAGCACCCAUUGAUCAGGCUCUCGACCCCAACUGGAAAUCCAUAUUGGGGAAAGCCGGGGACCCUGGCUAAAUUGUGGAUCGGGGCGAAAUAACGGCCCUAUCGUGGACGGCGCCCGCGGGCAUCUCCGACAGUAAAGCCGACCAUGGAUGGGCAUGGGCACAGUUCCGCGCUGAUUAAUUUUGCAGACCGCGAGAUGCUUUAUCAGAUCAGUCCAUCGCAGACACGCGUCAAUAUAGUCUUCGC